GUCAAAUGGUUCCAACCGGCGGCGUGUGAUGACGUAGGCGUGUCUUUGGGCGGGUUGCUAGUACAAUAACAGCGCGCAGUGACUGUGACACGAACCAGCGGCGGGAAAGAAUGUCACCGCUGUGGAGAUGGAGCAGCUGGAGCUCAACCCGAGGAUCAUAGCAGCCGCAAGCAGAGCUCAUCUGAAGUCACCCAGGGAGGUGUUGUGUGUCUCAGGUCCAGACUUACAGAGGCUCACGGGUCUGUCCAGCUCAGACGUCCAGCAGCUGCUCAUCGCCGCCGCCACCUCCUGCAGACCCCACCCUCCGAUCGCAGCCCUUGUGCUCCAUCGUAAGUUGGAUGCUGGCCUCAGACUCAGCGUUGGAUGUCCUGUACUGAACCAGUUGCUGAGGGGGGGGCUACUUGUGGGGGGGGUCACUGAGCUGUCAGGAGAAAGCGGAGCGGGAAAGACUCAGCUGGCUCUGCAGCUCUGUCUGUCUGUACAGUAUCCAACGCAGUACGGAGGGCUGCAUUCAGGAGCAGUGUACAUCUGCACCGAGGACUCUUUUCCUAUCAAACGUCUGCAGCAGCUGAUCAGAGAUCAGUCCCUUCUGCGCUCGGACGUUCCUCCUUCGCUGAUCAGCAGCCUGCAGUUCAGUGACCGCGUCUACAUCGAACACGUAGCAGACCUGGACUCCCUGCAGGUGUGUCUCUCUCGCCGCGUCCCCCUGCUACUGACCCGGGGGCUGGUUCGGCUCCUUGUGGUCGACUCGUUGGCGGCUCUUUUCAGGUCAGAGUUUCAGGCUUCUGAUUGGCUGGAGAGGAGCAAACAGCUCAUUACCUUCUCCUCCACACUGCACCACCUGAGCUCGAGGUUCACUACACCUGUCCUCUGUAUCAACCAGGUGACAGAUUUUCUUAGCGGCUCAGACGACAGUUUGGGCUCGCUCUCCUCCAGCGUGUCUCCAGCACUGGGGCUGCUCUGGGCCAAUCAGGUGAUGGUUCGGCUAAUGAUGCGUCGUCUCCAGGCGACUGUUGCCCAUGGCGACCAGACAAGCGUCCUCCGCAGGCUGGAGGUGGUGUUUGCUCCUCAUUUGGCCCGGAGCGGGCGAGACGCCGCAGUGUGGAGGGAGGGGGUCCGAGGGGUGAUGAGGGAGGAGGGGGAGGGAGGAGGUCCUCACUUCUGUUUAACAAAUAAGGAAACAGAUGGCUGUAAAUGAUGAACUGGGAGAGGUGAAACAAAGACAAAGUUUAUAAAAUCGAUGAUGUCACUCUUUGGAUUAUAUGCGACCCUCAUUUCAAUGUUUACCUCAUUCUAGGUUUUUUCAAGGAUACACCGAUUCUCAAGUAUAUUCUGCAUAUUAUUUUGUUUGAUUGUUGUCAGAUUAACAGUUUGAUAUUAAAAAUAAACCAUGAGACUCUA